AUGAGCGAGCCCCAUAAGCAAGAUAUUGUCGCUAUCUUCAAGAGGCUCCGGUCAGUUCCCAUUAAUAAGGCAUGCUUUGACUGUGGAGCCAAGAACCCCAGCUGGGCCAGCAUCACAUAUGGUGUCUUUUUAUGCAUAGACUGCUCAGGAACACACAGAUCUUUGGGAGUGCACCUAAGUUUUAUUAGAUCAACAGAAUUAGACUCAAAUUGGUCAUGGUUUCAGCUUCGAUGCAUGCAAGUCGGUGGAAACACCAAUGCAACUGUCUUCUUUCGGCAACAUGGCUGCACCACAAACGACUCAAACGCAAAAUACAACAGUCGAGCGGCAAACCUGUACAGGGAGAAAAUUAAAACACUAGCAUCACAAGCAACAAGGAAACAUGGCACUGAACUGUGGAUAGAUGGCUGCGGGGCCCCACCACUCUCACCGCAACAGAAGGAUGAAGAUUUCUUUUCUGCACACUCAGAGCAGGUCAGUGACACAAGUGAUACAGACUGGACACAGACACCCAUGGCAUCAGAACCUGCUUUACUGAGUCCUCCACAAACUAUCACUGAUGGCAAAGAAGUUUCAGGUGAUCUGGAGAUGGGGCCGAAUGUGGAUUGUCUGAGUAUGUCCCCAAAAGCAGCUUUAGCUGAUUCAGUGAAUUUAGUAUCUGCAGGAAGCACACCUCUGACAGAAGUCAGUUCCUCGCUAAUUAAGAAGAAGCCUGGCCCAGCCAAGAAAGGGCUGGGUGCCAAGAAAGCAGGCUUGGGGGCUCAGAAAGUGAGUGGAAAAAGCUUCAACGAGAUUGAAAAACAUGCUCAGGCUGUAGAUAAGCUGAAGGAGCAGGAACUGGUCAGUGCCACGAAGAAGACAGAGGAGCCAGUGGUUGCUUCUCUACGUCUAGCAUACAAGGAGUUGGAAAUCCAGAAGCAGAAAGAGGAGGAAAAACUGAAAAAUUUGCCUGCUAGCAAGAAGGCAGAAGCAGAACGUCUCGGUAUGGGUUUUGGCAACCGCAGUGGAAUCUCCCAUUCGGUCCUCUCUGAGAUGCAAAUUAUUGAGCAGGAAGCCCCAAGGAACACCAAACCCAAAAAAAUUUACCAAGAAGAAGAACCAGAGGAUUUCUUCUCAAGUUCCUCGCGGUCUCGAUACCGGGAGGACCCACUGGACCCCAUCAGCUCCUCUUUUCUAAGGUGGGAUGAGAGAUCAGAUGAUAUGUGGAAGAAGGACACUUCCAGCAAUGACUUUGAUAUGACUUUGAGCUCCAAAUCCACAACAAGCUAUGAUGACAGACCCGCCACUCGUCGUAAGCAUGACAUAGAGCCAACCCCCAUGACAGACGAUGCUCAGAAGAAGUUUGGAAACGCCAGGGCAAUCUCUUCUGACAUGUACUUCGGGAAACAAGACAAUGCCGAUUAUGAGACCAGAGCUCGGCUGGAGAGGCUCUCUGGAAAUGCCUCCAUCAGUUCCGCUGACUUGUUUGAUGAGCAGAAAAAACAGCCUGGUGCAAAUUACAGCCUGUCAAAUGUUCUACCUUCUGCCCCGGAUAUGGCGAAUUUCAAACAAGGUGUGAAAUCGGUAGCGGGGAGGCUUUCCGUACUGGCCAACGGGGUGAUGACCACCAUUCAGGUUCGA